GGCCGCGUGUGUGUGUGGUCCACAGCGGCUCUGACAGUCCCAGUCCUCGACCUGAGCAUCGCUUUGUGUUGCCCUAGUCAGUACCCUACCAGCAACCAAACGGGGAUCACCUAACACUGGCUUGGCACAAUCAAUAUCGAGUUAUUUAAGCCCAAAACGAUUGAUCGGAGCGUGAUUUGGGCGCGAAAAGCGAUCGAGGUUGGCGUAGUGGUGAGAGAGCGAGUCUUGGUGGGUGGGCCGCUUGCGUAGUGGCCAAAGAGGAGUAGAGUUUAUAUAAUGUUGAUGACAUGGUGGCGAGCCCGAGUAAGAUUGGUCAUAAGCAGCAGGAUUGGGUAGUGAAGUUCUCGCAGGGGACGUCUCAAUUAGCGAUGUCGAGCACCGCUUAACUUCAUCCUAUCGUCAUGGUGAUUGAGUCAUUGGUUGAAUGGUGGUUGAGGAGGUGUGGAGGAGAAUGCGAGGUGCGUCACAGUGAUUCGAUUCCGUCUAAUGCAUUCUGAGACUUCUUCCUCUACUUCUUCAUUUUCUUCUUCCGCCAACGAUUUAGGAUUAAGAUGCGAGGAAAGAAGAGCUGAGGGAAAUAUACGUUAUUAUCUCCCGUGACGGAUAUCAUCAGCUGACAGAUCUCGAAAUGUGUAUGGGCAAUGCAACAAUGUUAUCGCCAUCUGACCGCUGUAGCGCCAAAGUGUUUCUGAAAAGAUCAUAUUUUUUUAUCUGCCCCCUCUUUGUCAUUGCUCGAUGAAAAGUGGCACAUGCGAAAUUGAGGAAAGAGAAGUGUAAACUAAAUCUCUCAGUGGAUUACUGAAUGCAGAGGCUGUCAUUCCGAAGGAGAUGGUUUUUUUAUUUUUCAGACGAAUGAAGUGUAAGAUGUAAACGUUGGGAUUCUCGCACGUCCUCCCUCUCCUCCUCCCCCCCAGUGCAAUCAAGAGGCGCUCUUCUGACAUCUCAAUCUUCUUCUUCUUCGAUACCCGCUGAUGCUGCUGCUGCUGCUGCUCCAACUCGGUCUACGCUCACGUAUUUUCCUCCUUUUGCCUGUGGGAGCUCUCAACUGCCAAAGGCCGUAGUAGAGGCCUCCUCCUCCCUCCUCCCAUACUUCUCACAUAAGUUCCCCCUAUAUACCCACUUGUCACCCUGCCCCCGUCCCCCUCUUCCCCCCAUCCCUUUUCACCUGCCCAGAGGCCGCACCACAACUAUUACUACAAAACCGCUCUCUCUCUCUCUCUCUCUCUCUCUCUCUCUCUCUCUCUCUCUCUCUCACCUUCCCUACUCCAGCCCAAGGCUUUUUAAUACCGUUUCGCUUCGGCGUUAUGAAAUGUCCAUACGCGAAGAGACAAAUCCACUUUUGAAUCGACUGUUUUCGUGUAUAUUUGAAUAAGCUUGACGCAUCACAUUAUUAAUGGAUAAUGUCGCGAUUUAUUGUGUUGAUGUUAUGGGUUCUUUUCGGAUCGUUUGAGUGUUAAUGGAACCUGACAGUCAUCGCCCUAUCUGGCGUCUUUUUUCAACAUCGAAGACAGUGGAAUCAGUGCUUUGUUAUCUCGUGAACUCUUCUAAGCAGCAAGGACAUCAAAUAGCCUUCCACGGUGGCUGGGCGUAAGUGGUGGCAGCCCUUCGCUGGAGCUGCCCCUGGUGGGAGGGAGACUGGGCGCGGCGCCCCUUGGUGCUGCCCCAGGGGACCUCCCUGCCCCCCCACACCCACCCUACAGGAUCCCUCCCUACAUGGAGCACUUGUAUCAGUCCCUUCAUACCUCACCUCAGCCCACACUUAGAGGCCUCUCUCCCCUGGAAGGUCGUGGUUUAUCCGUCGCGGGCACAGACUAUCUCGGAAUGAGUGGGUUAGCAGCCACCCGAUUAAGUGACCCUCACCUAGUCCCAUCCUCCACCCUCACCUCGGCUGACCUUCAGCCGUACAUAGAUGGGUCCCGGUUAACGUCUCCCCGGCCGAGCCUCCGUCAGAGUCGCAAAAGGGCCCUCUCCUCCUCCCCUUACAGCGACUCCUUCGACAUCAACUCGAUGAUCCGCUUCAGUCCGAAUUCCCUCGUCUCCAUCAUGAAUGGGUCGAGGUCGUCCUCCGCCAGCGGUUCUUACGGACACUUGUCGGCUGAUUAUUUCAUGAAUGACUUGACCUUUCCAGGAGCGAUCUCCCCCGCCUUAGGGAUGCACCCGGGGGUGGGGGCGGCCACCCACUUGCAACAACUGCAAGCGCACCUCAUGAGGGGGGCCUCCCUCCCUGGCUCUCCCUUCCUAGCGCCCUCUCCUCUGUUACAGCACUCCCCCUCCACCCUUACAACUCACCAGAGCCUUUUUUCACUGUCUUCCCAACCCACCCUACCCCCCCUUCCAGCCAAGGCAGAGGUAUGGCAGCCACAACUGGGCGAAAAGAAGGAGGAACCAGCCAUUUCAAGUACAAUGGAGGAGGACAAGAACGGUGCCAAGGUCAAGAAGGAGGCAUCGAGUACGACCUCAGGGGCGUGUUCGGUGAGCGCAGCGGCUCGUGGGGACGACGACGGACUCAAGGAGGAGCCUCCGGACUUCAUCGAAACCCAUUGCCACUGGAAAGAGUGCAAUAAGGACUUCAAUACUCAGGACGAUUUGGUCAAGCACCUGAAUAACGACCACAUCCACGCCAACAAGAAGUCGUUCGUGUGUCGCUGGAAGGACUGCUCGAGAGAGGAAAAGCCCUUUAAGGCCCAGUACAUGUUAGUCGUCCAUAUGCGAAGACACACCGGUGAAAAGCCACACAAGUGUACGUUUGAAGGAUGCUACAAGGCGUACUCCAGAUUGGAAAACCUAAAGACCCAUUUAAGGUCUCACACGGGGGAGAAGCCGUACAUGUGUGAAUUUCCCGGCUGCACCAAAGCUUUCUCCAACGCCUCCGACAGGGCCAAGCACCAGAACCGCACGCAUUCCAAUGAGAAACCGUACGUGUGCAAGGCUCCUGGGUGUACCAAGCGUUACACAGAUCCGUCCUCUCUGCGGAAGCAUGUCAAGACAGUGCAUGGGGCCGAUUUCUAUGCCUCCAAGAAGCACAAAGGGAAUGACCAUCCCAGUGCCAAUCCAGGAAGUGGUGGAGGAGGGAAGGAUGGUGGCACAGCUCAUCCUGAAGGCUCACCUCAUUCAGAUGGUGGAAAAGCUGGAUCACUCUCCAGUCCAUCAGAACCAACGUCACCUGGAGAGCAACAUAGCCCUAAUAUGGACACAGUCGUUGGGGGCACAACGCCAAUGGAUCAAAGCCGUUUAUUGGAUGGGCCCAUAAGUGACAACAAUGUUACUACUACUGCUGGUUACGAAGCAUCCCUCGAUCAAGAGGAAGUUUGGGAUGCAGUUGAGGAUGAUCUUGAUGCAAGUGUUGAUUUGCCAGUUGGUGUAGCAGCCUUAAAUGGUUUGGAUGGUUCCAUGUCGGGGCAAAUUAACCUACAAGAACGCAAUCUCAGAAAUAGACUGAAAAACCGCUUACAAGCCAAAGGCUUGGCAAAUAUUUUGCCUAAUCUUCCUGGAGGUCCAAGACACUCGUCAGGAAAUGGCGUGGGAGAGUUGUCGCAGCGAAUCACAGACCUUAAAAUGAGUGGAAGCCUGACUACUCCACAGCAAGCACGUAAAAACUUGAUAGAUUUACAUUUCCGUCCAGGUCAAACAUUACUUCAGAACAACAGACGUGAUUCUAAUUCAACUGUUAGUACAUACUAUGGCAGUAUGAGAAGCGAUUCUUUACAUCCAAAUAGUAGGCGAUGCAGUGAGAUAUCUCAAGUGUCUGCUGCUUCAAUGGGACGUCAAAAUAUGGUUCCCUCUCCAUAUGACCCAAUAUCCUUAGGUUCAUCAAGGCGCUCUUCGGAAAAUUCAAAUUAUAAUAUGGCUGGUAUUGCUCAGUCUAUGAGCUCUCACUUAGCCAAACUUCAAAGAAGAGCAAUGGCCACAAAUGAACUAUAUAACACUUCCAAUCUUGUUGUCCAGACUCAAAAUAUGUCUUUGAGUCAAGAUAAUCUGCAAGGAGGAUGGGGAGCAAACAUGAUGGGUAUGGGUGCAUCAAUGGGUGGUGGUCAUUUUGGCCCUGCAGGGCCAAUGGGCCGCCUAGAUCACCAGAAUCGUUCUGAUGGUCCAAGGAGAGCUUCUGACCCUGUAAGACCACUAGAAAGAGGAAUGGGUAUGGCAGAAGAUGGACAGAGAUUACAGCGCCAUCAUAGCUACUCUACUUUUAAUCCCCGAACACCACUACCACCAAUUACACCUAGGCAUCCAAAUCAUGGUUUACAGUUAGAUCAGGUGGCAGAGGAUGAGCCUAUUGAAAAUAAGUUAGUGCUGCCAGAUGAUAUGGUCGACUACCUCAACCAGAAGGGAAAUGGCGAGAAGAUGAAAUCUGACACCAAAGAUAGUCGUCGUCAAGGGAAUACACCAAACCACCUUCACAAUCAGCAGAUGGCUUCCCCUGCAUACAGUGGAAACCCUAUGCCCAGUCCAGCAUAUUCAAAUCAACCUAUGCUGAGUCCUGCUUACUCUAACCAACCCAUGCCUUCCCCUGCCAGCAAUUACCAGUACCCACAGCCAUCACCUGGGUAUUCAAUUCCAUCUCCUGCACACCCCCAUGGAUAUGGUAAUCAGUCUAUGCCGGGUGGUGGACCCCAGCAACAAUUUAACAAUCCUAUGCCAUCUCCAGCACCAGCAGCUCCUGCUCAGGCUUAUAAUCAGAUGUCUCCAGCAUAUCCACAACAAGCCAUGACAGCUAAUUACCAAAUGCCCCAUCAGCAACAAGGGCCACAGUAUGCUCAACAACAGUAUCAGCAGCAAGGACAAAUGAUGGGUCAGCAUAUGUAUGGACCUAUGAUGCAGCAGCAAGCAAGAUAUAAUGGCAUGAUUGGGCCCCAGGGAGGAGGGGGUUAUGGGAUGGGACAAGGGAACUAUGGCCCUGUCCAUGCUUGUGGUCAUCUUGCACCACCUAACCUCCCUCCACAAGCCUACCAAGCUCCAUGUGGAGGAUGUCAAAAUCGUGGUGGAAAUACAAUGGGAGACAUGAACAACUAUCAGGGCCAACAGGCAUCAAUGGGUAACUGGCAAGGUUCCCAAAUGAGUGUCAACCAGUAUCCUGGACAACAAUAUAGUUCUCAACAGCAGCUCAAUAUGAUGGGGCAAGGUGGACCAAUGGGUUACAUGGGAAUGGGUGGCCCUUACCAGAGUCCAAUGACCCCCUCUGGAGGAAUGAUGCCAAUGUCUUAUCCAGGAUCUAUGGGAAAUGAUGUUCAGUGCCGUGAUGUUAGUCAAUCAUCUCAAACAAAGUGUGGUAAAUCAAAAUCUGGAGGAAAGACAAAUAGCAACAAUACUUCAGUCUCUGCAGCUAACAUACCUGGAGGUAUUACCAGCAACGAUGGUGGUGCAGUUAAUAAUGUACAGCAGCAGCCAACUGCAGUUGAUACAGGGACAGCAGUAUCAGUAUCAAAUGCCGUAGUUGACACAAAACCAUCAGAAACAAAAGCAGGAGAAACAAAAUCCGUUGACACUAAAAGUAACUGUAAGAAUUUCAUGAAACCAGACACAUAUCAAAGGACAUUGGAAUACGUUCAACAGUGUCAGAGUUGGAGUUCUACAGUGGUGAAAGAAGAAGUUACUAGUACCACAGACCAAAAGCCAAAAUUAAAUCCCAAUGGGACAGUGGCUGGCUAUACUGGCCCUGGGUCACAAGGUACCCUCAAUGCUUCUGUUACCCAGCAACCUACUCCUCAGCUCCCUCCACAAGGUACCUCAAGAUUUGCUACUCCACUUCCUGUUGCUCUUGCAGAGACUUCAAACAUGGUCAUAAAUGACAUGACAUCCUCCCUCACUUCAUUACAAGAAGAAAAUAAAUACCUCCAAAUGAUGCAGUGACACCUUUCCUUGGUGUGAAUAGAACAAGUGUUCUGUACUGAUCUCCAGUCAAGUUAAUGUUACCUGACUGCAGAGUAAUAGACGUUGUAUUGAUACGGUUGACUGUGAUGAAUUAGUUGUAAAUACUGUAUGAUUUAACAAAUAUAUUUGUACAAAUGUCAUGUACUGAAGUGUCGUGAACAAUCAAAUCCCAGUGGUAUUGGUCUUCCCAAUGAGAUAGUUUUCAUAAAACACUUAUACCAGUGGUAUUCACAAAUGCAUGUGACAUUUCUGAAACCUCAUAAGCCUUUCUGAAACACGGGGUUAAUCAACAGUUAGUGGGAGCUCAAGGCCUAGUAGUUGUAAAACUAACUAAAGGACCAUAUCAAAGGAAGCAAGGUGUUAGUAUGUUUGGCAGCAAGUGUGAAACUAUUUGAUGGUGAACAAGGAAGUCUUAAUUACCACAUGAAAAUAUAUAUACAGACUUGAAAGCUGUGUGAAAGCACUUUUGAAAAGCUUACAUAAAAGUCCACAUUACCUCAGCAGUUUUGCUUGCUAGUGUUAGUCAUGUUUCUAAAACAUGAACAAACCAUGUGAACAUUGAUCAAUAGGUGAUUGUUGUGUGCCAUGCAAUGCACCAUCAUAGUGCCAAACAAGAAUAAACCCGUCCUCAAAGGUGCCAUAGAAGAUUUGGCCAAAUAAAGGGGCUGUUUUACGAACGACACUGUAAAAAUGUGUAUAUUGAUUAAUUAUUUAAGUUUUGUAAGAAUAACAUUGGUUUCGUCAUCAAGUCUUUCCAUUUUCUGAUUGUACUUACAAUACUUUUUUACAUAAUACAUAACAUCUUGAAAUAAAGACGUUUUUCCACAAAAUCUAUUUUAUGUCCUUUAUAUUGGUGAUCUAGCUAAACACCCAAAAAGGAAUACCGUUGUGUUUUAACAGCUCACCAGGAAACUCAAUAUAUCAUUAUACAAGUAUUACAGAAUAUAAUCCAGAUACCUAAAUAGUCCUGAAUGCUGUACAUCCGAUUGUUAAAUCUUGCAUAAAACCCUUUCUU